AUUACUUGCAAAAUUUUGUUCAGGCAACAUUCAAUGCCCUUGGAGCUGACAGAGUUAAAGGUGCUACGCUUGUGGUUUCUGGUGAUGGCCGCUACUAUUCGAAGGAUGCCAUCCAGAUCAUUACAAAAAUGGCAGCAGCAAAUGGAGUUAGACGUGUUUGGAUUGGUCAAAAUGGACUUUUGUCCACUCCUGCCGUAUCAGCUGUUGUUCGUGAGAGAGUCGGGGCUGAUGGUUCUAAAGCUACUGGGGCAUUUAUAUUGACAGCAAGUCACAACCCAGGUGGCCCUCAUGAGGUAGUAUCG